CACUAGGAAACAUUAGUGAGGAACAUAGGCAAACAUCAAAUGUUUCUGAAUUCGCUAGGAAACAUUUUUGCUUCCCGGGAAGCAAAUUUUGUUUCCGCAACAAUGUUUCCACGGGUGGGCAAACAUGGAAACAUUUGAGGAAACAUCGAGAAUCACAAAUGUUUCCACAACAAUGUUUCCUAAUUUGCCCAGGGAUAUACGAUCACUAGAUAAUUUACGACUAUUAUGAAGAUGGCCUUACAUUUCUACCAUUUAUUUCCAGGUGACAAGGAUCCAAUGAUAAGUCAAUUCGCGCAGGACUUCAUCUACAAGGGCGUGGCUCACUUAGAGAACAAGGGUGCAAGAUUCCAACAUUUACAUCACUGAUUGGUUCUUGCAAGCCUUGCCUGCCCUGGUCAAACGAGCAUGAGAGUUGAGAAGCAAGAGUUUGCAUGAGAGUUGAUGAGAGUUGAGAAGUGAGAGUUUUCUCAACUCUCGUGUCCUGGUCAAACGAGAACAGAAGUUUCACGAGAGUUGAUGAGACUAUGAGAGUUUUCUCAACUCUCAUGCCCCGAUCAAACGAGAACAAGAGUUGCAUGAGAGUUGGUGAGAGUUGAGAAGCGAAGUUUGCAUGAGAGUUUUCUCAACUCAAGAGUUGCAUGAGAGUUGAUGAGAGUUGAGAAGCGAGAGUUUGCAUGAGAGUUUUCUCAACUCUCAUGCCCCAAUCAAACGAGAACAAGAGUUGCAUGAAAGUUGGUGAGAGUUGAGAAGCGAGAGUUUGCAUGAGAGUUUAUCUCUCAACUCUCAUGCCCCGGUGAAACGAGAAAAAGAGUUGCAUGAGAGUUGAUGAGAGUUGAGAAGUGAGAGUUUUCUCAACUCUCGUGUCCUGGUCAAACGAGAACAGAAGUUUCAUGAGAGUUGAUGAGACUAUGAGAGUUUUCUCAACUCUCGUGCCCCAGUCAAACGAGAACAAGAGUUGCAUGAAAGUUGGUGAGAGUUGAGAAGCGAGAGUUUGCAUGAGAGUUUAUCUCUCAACUCUCGUGCCCCGGUCAAACGAGAAAAAGAGUUGCAUGAGAGUUGGUGAGAGUUGAGAAGCGAGAGUUUGCAUGAGAGUUUAUCUCAACUCUCAUGCCCGGUCAAACGAGAAAAAUAGUUGACUGGAUAUUACCGUGUACGCAGCGAAAACGCUCAUAAACUCUCAUUAAAAGUUGAACCAGUUCAAAGUUGAUCAGAAUUGCGAGUUCAUUCAAAGCUUUUAAGCUUCGUUCUAAUUAUAAAAUGUACUUUCCAGAUUUUAAACAGUUACAACUACAAAGAAAGAACGAUUUGUUGAAAUGUCUGAAUGAAUAUAUGAAUGUGAAAUCUUAUGAAGAACUGGGUCCCAGCACUAACCCUUGUCAACGAGCUGCAAUUGAUUUUAUUAAUUGGUAAGUCGUAUAUAUGGUCACAUAGAAUGUACAUUCCCGGUAAAUGUUGCUACAAGGUUGUUGAGCUCCACAUACUUGUUACAAGUUGUUCCAACAACUUGUUCUCGUCCUGGGGCCGGUUGUAUAAAACUUUUAAUCACUUUUUUAAUCACUAUUUUGUAGUUAAAUAGUGAUUAACUCUCAAAUACGCGCUUCUUAUUGGAUGACAUUUCCACUAACUAUAGUUAACUUUAAUCACUUUUUUAUACAACCGGCCUCAGUAAUUCAACAAGUUGUGAGUGGCAACCUUGUAGCAACUUGAUAAAAUAACAGCAUUGUUACAACUUGUUGACAAGCUUGCUACAAGCCUCUUGCGAACACAUCUUGUUGACAAAUUGUUAACGGCUUUUUGCCACUUGCUACAAGGUUGUUGAGCUCCACAUACUUGUUACAAGUUGUUCCAACAACUUGUUAUCGUCCUGCAAUUCAACAGUUUGUGAGUGACAACCUUGUAGCAACUUGAUAAAAUAACAGCAUUGUUACAACUUGUUGACAAGCUUGCUACAAGCCUGUCGAACACAUCGUCGACAAGUUGUGAGAUUUUUACUUGUGUACCUCAAGUAAAGAAUUUCAGUUCAUUCAUUUUCACCGACUUUAAUCAUUGAAUGCGAAACUCACGACUCUUUCUUAUAUGUGUAGUGGAACGACGACAUCGUUAUUCGGCUACAAGAUCAACACACCAAGCUCCGUGGCCGUGUUGAUCAGACUUAAACGAAACAUAUUGAAGGAUAAAGAGAAGCGUGAAGCUGCCUGUUGCUGACACAAGAUUAUGCAGACUAAAGAAAGUUUUCAAGAAUCACGCUUGGGAGCUGAUUACUGACCGAAGAUAGAGGGGAAUAGAGAGAGAGUUAUGAAGAAUUCAUGGAAAGUCACGAAGAUUUCAGAAAGUAGAAAUUUUGUCAAGAGAACUGGAAUCCAGGAAUAUUUUAAGGACUGCGAAGCCAUUAUGAUGGAAAAGUAAGUCCGUUGUGUGGUUUCAAUUUUCACAUGUGCUUUUCCCGGAAUUUCCAUUGCCAAAACAUUAACUUGCAAUGGAUUAACAAUAGACAAGUACUUGUUCUAGUUAGGCGAUUAUCGGACGUGUUUUAAAUUCAGUUAGCUGACUUAGCUCUUCAAAUUUUUUAUGAAGAAUAUUUCAAAGUAUAUACUAGGAUAUUGUAGAAAACAAAUGAUUAACAGAUAAAGAAUAUAUUAUGAUAAAAUUAUUAUGUAAUAUAUUUUCACCUUAAACGUAUUGAUUCAUAUUAAAUAGUUCAUUUUCAAAAAUGUCCCUUUUCUAUUUCUAAGUUCUAGAACUACGCAAACAGACAGGCGUCUGUUUGUCAUGUUUAUGCACAGACAAAUUAACACCAGGGCCUGGUUGUUCAAAGCUAGAUAGGCUAAACCUGGGUUAAAAUUUAACCUGCUGUUGUAGUUUAUGUAUUUCUGCGGGUCUGUUUAUUUCAAAACUUCAGCGAAGAAAACUCCUAUUGAUCCAGACAAGAUUUCUAAAGAAAUAUUUCCAAAUUUAUAAACAACUUGUCGGGAAGUUUGCUUUGAAUUUUAGGUUAACCCAGGGUUAAGCGCUUAUCUGCUUUCAAUCAACCAGCGCCGUUCAGACGCGGUCGACAUGUCUCUAGUAGAAAUCGUGCCUGUAGUUUUUCAUUGUGAUUCUUCAAUGGUAGUUUCCAUAUCAAAAGUUUUUCAUUGUGAUUCUUUAAUGGUAAUUUUCAUACCACCUAAGGCGUGCUGACUAGAUCGAUGUAGAUUUUGCAUUUUUUAAAUGACCACCAAAUCGGUCUAUUUUAUGCCCACUUAAAACGAGUACAGAAACUUGGUGUAAGCUAACAUGAAUUGGAUUGGAUCUUCCAGCUGAGGGUAAUGACCAAUAUUGUUCUCUAGAACGGUUAUACCAUGUUGGGGUAUUAACUCCCUAG